UUUUGCUAACUUUAGUUGACGUCUGGCUCACGAAGUGAAGUGCUUGUGAGCUUUCUUGGUCCUUUUGCUGCUAAAUAACGUCUACAAUGCCUGAUUUCUUGUACAUUAUAAACCAAAACUAGCUUUUUGAUAAACUUUGGUUUUUGGGUUAUGGGUAAGUGUUGUUCUGUUUGUGAUUCUGGCGGAGAAAGAGAACGACAAACUUUACCCCAACAAAAAACUUCGUUCACUUCAAACCAACUUCAUUCUAGCGGAUCACAACACAAGCCAAAACUGGAGAAAUCUUCAGAGAAAGGUUUAUUUACUAGGCCGGGAAAUAAUGGUUCACACGAAAUUGUAAGGACGAUACCAUAUUCCAAACAGCUAGAGGUGGAUGAAGGCAAGAUUCAUUGUUUGUUUGCCAAGUACAAGGAUGAUACAGAAGAUGCAAUCCUUGCAGAUGGGAUGGAAAAGUUUUGCCAAGACUUAGGUGUAGACCCUACGGAAUUUGUUGUUUUGGUUCUCGCUUGGAAGUUUAAUACAUCUCAGAUGUGUAGGUUUACUAAACAAGAAUUUAUUGAUGGAUGUAAGGCAGUCAGAGCCGACUCCAUUAAAGGACUUCAGAAUAAAUUACCCGAACUUGAAGAAGAAGUGACGAAUGAUACAGAAAAAUUCAAAGAUUUAUACCGCUUCACUUUCAAAUUUGGACUCGAUGUUGAGGAUGGACAAAGAGCUUUACCUGUAAACAUUGCUGUGGCGUUGUGGAAGCUAAUAUUCUCUAAAAACAUGCCUGGUGUUAUGGAUAGAUGGUUUGCUUACUUGAAGCAACGAGAAGUGAGAGGGAUUUCACGAGAUACGUGGAAUAUGUUUUACAAUUUUACUGAAAGUAUUGAGAGCGAUUUCAGUAAUUACGACGACUCAGAAGCUUGGCCAAGCUUAUUUGACGAUUUUGUCGAAAACGAAAGAGAGAAAAAUGAUAGUAUUAAGGGAGACGAGGCAGAAGAAAGACAUGAAAAUGGUCUCAUCAAGGAAUUUUAAGCUUACAUUUAUGGGUGCUGCAGUUUUUAUCAUAACAACCAGUUAACAUUUGCAUGAACAAACACUCAUCGUCUGCAUUGCUUCCUUCUCCUAAAAUGCUUUCAAAAUCAUUUAAUUUGAAAAAUUCAGAAUAGCAAAAGAUAAAACUAUAAAGAAAAACUAAAAAUCCUUAAAUGUAUUGUAAAAUAGUUUAGUUAAAGUUAUAUUUAAUAGGACAAGAAAACCUCCCCAUAACACUAAUGCAUGUGUAUGCCUGCCUGCCUUGAAAAGGCUUCAGUUUCAAGACUAACAAAAAACUACCACAAAUAGGAAUAAAUUUACUAGCAAUUAACAACAAUGUAUGAGUGUUACCACAAAGACCGAAAAACUCUUUAGUCUAUCAUGAUUCAGAGACACAAACUCAGACCAAGAAUAUUCCCAUAUUGCGACAUUUACAAUUCACAGUGUUUAGAGUUAUGUGAAAUACUUAAAAUGAAAGGUUAAUAGUUGCUUUUUACAAGUAAAUUAGCUUUGGAUUUAAGCAAAUCAAUUUGUCAUUAUUUUUUUAACGAAUUUUUUUAGAGGGAGAUGUUAAUAAUAAAUUUAUUAAUUUACAAGCUUAAAAAACCAAGAGUUAUUGAAAUAAAGGUUGUUUGCCGUCUGGAA